AAAUAAUUUUUAGAUUCUUGUGAAAUAAUUUUGGUCUUCAAUUCCUUCCUCACGAUUGCUACAGUCCUAUAUUUGUUUAUAUCGUUUGUUUUUAUUACAUGUCAGAUAAGACAUACAGGACAAAUUCUGUUUCCAAAACACUUUGUAUCGAUACUCACUAGAUCCAAGAAGGAUCGUUCCUCUGCUUAGCAAAAUUUAACCGAGCUAUAAUUAUACGUCAAUCGCUUCGUAUAUCUGUGUAAUAAAGUAUAGACUACGUUACAUAUAUCGACGUACAAUAAUGGAUCCUCCAAUAGUUUCAAUGAAAAGAAUAGAUUUGUUUAUACCUAAACGUGACGAACUUGCUACAGUUUUACAACGUGGACUUAGAUGCCAUUUUAAAGAAGCUACAGUCGAAUGGGUAGAUUGUCCUGAUCUGACUCAAGAACCUUUCAAUCUUGCCAAACCAGGAUUACGUGGUAAUGCGAUAAUUUCGGAAAUAGAUGAACUAUGUUUUCCAUUCUCGGAAUUUCAUCAGGAAUACAAUAUUAAAAAAAUUAUAAAAAAAGUUCAUAAUAUCUCCAGCAAUGGCGGCUUGAUCAUUGGAGCAAGUAUGGGUCUACGACGGUCAACUGGUCAAUUAGGCAAUCUUAUUAUGAACGCAUCAUACUCACGUCAUCCAGUAAUCAAAGAUGAUAUAAAAAUAAUAAACCAAAGCCGCCUUGCAUUUUCCGAUAAAACAACGGGAAGAUGUGGAUUAGAAUUUGUAACUGAUGACAAUCCUUAUUGCUAUCCAAACGGCAAUUUCUUCAUUAGUGAAGGAAUGCCUGGACAGGUUCUUAAAGUAUGGGCUAAGAAAUGCACUGGUUUGCAGUUUUUAACUGCAUUACAGUCUACACUUGCUGACGAAUACUGCAGUGGUACUUCUCCAAAAGCAAUCGGCUUAGGUGGCACAUUUGUGAUGAAAAGUGGAAGAGCAAAGCACUAUGUUAUAUCACAUCGAUAUAAUACCCGGAUAACAGCCUCAACUAAUCUUGAUGAUUGGCUUCAUUAUUAUGACUUAGAUGCACCUUUGGUAGCGGUUGGCACGCUUUUUAGCAGUAAACCCAAGUGUUGGCCAAAAACUUCUGCACUUUAUGCUAAAGAUAUAUGUGGGCUUACUGAAACUCAUUUUCACGCUUAUUCCUCUGACGGAGUAACAGGUGGACACUUUUAUAAGGAUCUCGAAUCGAUGGACCCAGUAGAGUAUUUGGGAUAUUUUUAUCCUGCGCAAUUAUUUGAUAAUGUGGGGAUACAGUUGCAGUUGCAGGGAACUAGCUGUAGGGCGCUGGAUCUGACACUGUUUUAAUUAGAAUAAUAUUGCUGAUGCAAUUAUUGAUUCGUUGUUUAUAUUUAUAAAUUCUAAUGUAAAAUUAUAUAGCUUUUUCGUAAGAUAUCUUAUUAUGUAUUUUUCUUUUUUAUUAUAUUUUUCUCAUUUUUAUUUUUCUAAUUUAGCAGCUAUUUUAUGUUUUUCUAUUAUAUCUUUUAAAUAUCUUCUCUCUAUUAUUAUAAAUGUACUUUAGUUGCAAAUUAUAAAAUAAACUUAUUAAUCAAGU